GGGCAGUUGGACUUGGGCGAUCAGCCAUGGAUUCAGCAACUGUGCUCCUCCUGGCUGUGCUGGCCAUCCUGCCCAAGCGGACACAGGAUCCCCAGAGCGAUGCGGUCGCUGUGCAGUGGAUGAAGAAACGGCAGAUUUUUCUAGAGGACCAGAUGACGGAGCUGUGGGAGGAAGUCGAGUGGAGGAGGGCCCUGGAAGAUGUUCCACUCCUUUGGAUCUUGCAGCACUGGCUCUUCUGGCUGGCUGCAGCAGCUGUGCUGGGCUGGCUGGCCUGGCAAAGGGAGGAGGCCUCUCGCCGGCGCCGUGAGCAAGAAGAGCUCAGCGCAGCAGCCGCUGCUGGCGGGCCUUUUGCAGCGCUCAGCCUGUCACCGCUGCAGGACCUGCCCUUCAUGGGCCGGACCCUGAAGAAGCUGCUGCGGGACCUCCUGGAGGUGUGCCAAGUGCUGUCCCAGAACACCUUCAUGCCAGAGCUGCACCUGGCCACUGGGCAGCAGGGCACCUGCAUGGAGUCCUGGCGUGAGCUGGGGGACUGCACCGUCUACCAGCUGGUGCUCUUCCUCAGGCCACCCCCCUGGCACUCUUUCCGGCUGCAGCUGCCCGACGCCAUGGACGUGCCACACUCCAUCCGUGUGCUGCUGGAGUGCUCGUGUUCCAGGACGGCGGGGAACAUCUUCUGCUUUGUCCACCCCACCUACAGCCAUCAGCACUCGCCCCUCGUGCGCACCCUCUGCACAGACUCCCACUUGGAGGUGCAGAAGGUCGCCGGCUGGCUGCCCAGACUGGUGGAAUCGGCCUGGGAGCGUUUGCCUCAGUGGCACGACUGGCAGCUCCGGCUGCUGCCCUCCUCCCGCUCCUGCAGGCUCCUGCUGACCGGCCCCGGCCAGGUGCGGCUCUGCGCUGUGCUGCUCUUGGCACUGCAGCAGGGCCGCCCGGGCACCUUCCUGGUCCUGGAAUAGGCAGGCGCAGCUUUCCCGGGGGCUGCUUUGGGCCGGGGCUGCGCGGCGACUUGGGAGCGCACCCAGUCGGCACGGCACAACAGACCCUUGUGCUGACUGGACUGAAGAGCAGCAGUCCUGGCUCUGUCUACUCCCAACUCCCCAUGUGCCCUGCUCUGCCUUAAGCCCAGCUGCAAAUGGAGCACCAGCAGCCACUCCCUCAACUGCCUUCCGUUCCCCGCCACCCUGGUGGAAUGGGGACGAGAAUCCAAAUUCCAACUUUGUCAACAGAAGUUGACAAAGAUUAACUUUAGGACUACCCUCUAGAAUAGGUUUAGGAUUAAGUUUAAUAAGUCAGUUAAGUAAGUUUAGUUCCUAAGUAUAAUAAUAAGAAUAAUAAGAAUAAUAGCUAGUUUAACAAUAGAUCAGUUUAAUAAGAAUUUAGUUUUAUAAAACUCUAAAUGGAAAGUUAGAUAAGGUUAACCUCCAGCUCCCCAUGUCCCCAGUCCUGCUUUAAUCCCAGCUGGAAAUGAAGCCCCAGCAGCCACCCCCUCAAGCCCCUUCCCUUCCCCGCCACCCUAGUUCCAUAAUAGCUUUAAGUAUAACUUUAGUUAAGUUUAAUAAUUAUAAGUGAAAAAUAGAUAAGUUUAGGACUAACAAUUUAGUUUUAAAAAACUCAACCCCAAAACUUUUAGAAAGGUUUCCAGCAAAAAGCCAAGUAGAGUUCAGUAACUCUACUGUAACUCUACAGUAGAGUUACAGUAACAGUAGAGUUACAGUAGAGUUCAGUAACUCUACUUGGAAAAAGCCCAGACAAGUGGUGCCCAAUAGAGCGGCUCCCCCACAGCUGAGCCAUGCCACACCCCCCUUGCGGAACCCAGGUGGGCCCCCCUUCCAGCUCCCUCGCCCAGUUUCUAAGCUGGACAUGACCUUGGGCGGUGUGCACCAGAAAGACAGAACGGAACAGUGUGCAAAGGCCCAGGGGAAAGCACCUAGGAAAGGGAGAAACCUGGACUAGUGUGAGAGAAAGGUCCCGGUCCUUCUGGCUGGACCUUCAAGCGUUCAGCCAGCAGGGCAUCGCCCACAAGGUGCCUCAGUCCUGAGGCACGUGGCGUCCUGCUGCUGUCAAAGGCCCUCUCAAGGCGGCUGCUCCAGCACUCCUGGGGCAGCAGGACAAGCCGUCAGGCUCAGAACAGCCCGUGGAGCCUUGAGACCGAAGGCAGCAGCAGAGCAGCAACUGCACGGGGAACGUUCUCAGGUGCAGACACGGCGCAGCUGCUCGGGAUCUACUGCGCCCAGAGCAGAAAUAAAAGAAAGAGACGAUCA